UUUUAUCCUUACUUUUUAAUGUUAUUUAUAUAUUUCACUUGUUGUUGCUCUAAUUUGAUUCUGGUUCAUGCAGAUAUCCUUUCAAGCACAUACAAACAACAAAGGCACUGUCUGUGUUUUUCAUUAGACUUCAAAGUGAACACACCCAUUUCAGUCAAUGCUUCAGUCAGUGGCUAUUUCUUUCCCUUGUACUGUCAUGUUUUAUUCAGUGUGGAAAAUCUUAGUUAAUUGGUUUCGGGCUGACUUUUCCUCACUGUUUCCUUAACAACACGGGAAAGACUCCCCCUCCCUUCUUUCCUUUCCCCCCUCUUCCCAAACCCAGCCCAUUUUAGGCUGUUCCUCCUUUUUUUCCCCCUCUCCCGUUUGCUGCCUCACUGAGAGGGCUGUGUGACAACGCUUCCUGCUGUUUGUAAAGCACGGUUUGGAAGCAGAGAAGUCUGUUACGCUGUAGCUGCUGGAGGAAGUCACCACCUCUUUCCUGGGCUCUUGAAGUACAAUCAAACACUUUUAGUACGGUACUUGCAUAGUGCUGAGAAGACCGUGAACUGUGUGACUAUCUGUGAGUGUAUCCAACAGCAGUGGCUGCUUACAGUUUAAUGAAACUCUGCUGUUUUGAGUUGAAUGAUAUAUGUGUGGAAUCAAAUCUGGACCUCAGAAAGUUUCUCAACAAUGUUCUAUGAACACAACCUUGACGUUAUUCUGUGCCAAAGGACUGAGCCAGUCAAAGGCUAGAGGGGCAGAUCCAGACAGUGUGAAAGGCCAAGUUCACCGAAAGCUGCCAAUGAAUCGUGUACACACUCUGAAGGCUCAUUUUUGAAUGCAGGUGUGAAAACAGGAUGGAUGUAAAACGGAAAGAGAUGGACCUUUUGAGUAACACCAUUGCUGCUUAUGCUCAUAUAAAAGCUAACCCAGAGAGCUUUGGCCUCUAUUUUGUCAUUGGUGUGUGCUUUGGUCUGGUGCUCACAUUAUGCCUGCUGGUCAUCCGAAUCUCAUGCAAGCCUAGGACCAAGACUGCACCCUCCACUCCAGAGAAAAAACAACUGAAGGACUUCAGUGAGGAUGAGGAAGAUGAAGACAGUGAAGAGGAAGAAGAGGAUGAGGAAGAUGCUGGGGAUGUGGAGGGUCCUAUCCCUCCCAGCACCACAGAAAUCACCAUGAGUAAUCACCACAGCACGUCGGACGGGAAUGUAAAUGUGUUCACUUCAGCGGAGGAACUUGAACGAGCACAGAGGCUGGAGGAGAGGGAGAGGAUCAUCAGGGAGAUCUGGAGAAAUGGACAACCAGACAUACUGGGCACGGGGACUGGCACCAUAGGAAGGGUGCAUUACUAUUAGCUCUCAGUAUUAUUGGAUGUGGUCUAAAGCCAUACCUAGUGGCUUAGCACAAGACUUUGAAGGACAAUGUAAAAAAAAAACAGAAGGUGCACUCUUAACGUCAAGCAACCUCUUUGUAAGGCGCACUUUUUGUUCUUUAAACUUGGACCAAUGUAACUCCAGUGCUUUAGUUCACAAGUACAACUGUAGCAUGCAUACUGCACAGGAGCAUGAUUUGGUGCUAUAUGUUACAUUGAGAACUGCACAGAUGUUGAGGGAUGGUAGUGGAAAUCGCUGUUUUUGUUGCCAUAAUGAAAAGCACAGAGUCACACUCCCCCUCAGGUUCAUUCAGGCUAGUCUCACAGGGCCAGACGUGAUCUAGUAAUAAGAACUUCUGUGGACAACCAUGAGAAUUAGAUUGGGAACAAACUAAGUGUGAAAUUUUCUUAACCAAUCUAACUGAAGGCCAAGCUUAACGUAGGGGGUGAUGAUGCACUUAUCAACACUGUCAGAUGGAAAGCAAGCCUGUCACUAGCACAUGGAUGUAAUGUUAGCAUGGGGUGAAAAGUCUCCCCAUAAACUUGUAUGUGGAUGUGUGUUGCGUAUGCGGAGAACACGUUACAUGAGGUCAAAAUAAGCGUAACCUCUUGCAAGGGAAAACCAGUUCAAUGAAAACAGACUAUACCUUAGCUUUAGACAAUAUUACUGGUGUAGUUGUGGCAGCCUGGAGGUUAGGGAACAAGCCUUGUGACCGGAAGGUCGACGGUUUAAUCCCCAGAGCCGACAGUGCGUGACUGAGGUGGCCUUGAGCAAGGCACCUAACCCCCAUCUGCUCCCCGAGUGCCAUGGAUAGGGCUGCCCACUGCUCCGUGUGCUCAUUGCCCCUAGUGUGUAUGUUCAGUAGUCAGCAUGUGUAGUUUCACUGCAUGGAUGGGUUAGAAUGCGGAGCUGAAAUUUCCCUGUUGUGGGACUAAUAAGGGUCACUUUAUCUAAUUAAUCUAGUACUAAAAGUUUGGCCCUGCAGUUCAGUUGACGAAACUAAAUUGAGACAUGUUUCUCAAACAUUAACUUUGAAGAAUGAAUGUUAGCUGAUGACAGCAUUUCCCUGGCUAGCUUGUUUUGCUUGUGCAAUGGAUCAUAAUCUAGAUGAGGAGAAAAAAAUGGACUAGAGGGCAGGUUUUAGGGGGGCUGUACCCUUGUUUGCAGUGGAUUUCACCACAACCCAGCAACAUGCACGCUUGUUUCGAGAUCAUGUCUGGCCCUGUAGACUACAUUCAGGCUUGAGGAUUGAGGCUUGACUGUAUUGUACAAAGAUGUUGUUUGUAAUUUCUAGAUGAUUCCAAGACUGUGCUCAGUCAUUUGCACUUUUCCACUAUUCCAUCUAAAUCCUGAUUUUUUUUUAAUGUUUAAAUUGUAUCUUUAAAUUUUUUCUUUGCGUGUAGGUGCUAUAUAACAUAUGAAGAAGUAUAUGAAUCAUUUCUUGUAUAUUUCAUCUACUUCACACCACCAAGGCACUAACAUUUUUUGUUGUUCACUUCAUUUGAUGUGAUAAUUCAGAAUGUUUAAGUAAACGUUUUACGUAGGCCAAAAUCAAGCACUUCUUUUUCAUUAGAAAUGGACCAAUGAACACUCUUAACACUCUUAGAAGUUGUACUAAUGAGAGUGUUAAGAACACUCUUAAUAGUACAGUGCAGUAAAAAAAGCCUAAAGACUUUCUGAACUCUCCCAAAACAAGCAGGAACUGAAAAUGGCUGCCUUACAGGCCUGACAGAGUAUCACCAUGGAAGGUAUGGAGAGUCUGGAGAUGUCUGUUGGUCUAUGAAUUUUCAACAAAUUAUAAAUUAUGACGAUUUUAUUUUUAAUAAGGUUAAUUUGUCCAAAGGGCUAUAGAAGGGCUAUGAUUCCGACAAGGUUCAUCUGACAUAGAUGUGAAUACCAAGUUGCAGCUCACAUUAGACAUUAUUUAAUGUCAAAUAUCACUGUAGUCGGCAGCAGCAAUAUGUUGCCGUACAGAACCAAACCAACAAAAACUGCCACUGUCCAAUUACUUACAGAUAAUUUUGUGUGAUUCUGCUCCUUUUCCUCCACUGAGGAACAAUUCAUUAGUAAGAACAGGGAUGAAAAUGACCAUUUUCACAUAUGUUUAAACUUCUUCUUAUAAGACUGUCUCUUGCUGGAGUGCUACUGUAUCUUGUUGCUCUGUUGGAAUAAUCCUUUUCAUAUUUUCAGUAUGACUGUCUUUUAAUUUGACUGCAAAGUAAAACAUUUGUUUGGUUUUCAGGUCUUUGUUGCUUGCUUUCUAAUUUGACUAUUAGACCACUUGGCUUCAUGGUAUAUACAAACUUAUUUAGUUUAUUUAGUCACUGUACUAUUGUAAGACUGUCAUGCAGAUAAGCCGGGUGAUUGAAAUAUGCUAAUGACUCUACAUUUUUUGGCAGGAGACUUUGGACACAUUUACAAUUGCAAUUAAUGACUCUGUCAGCUUUUACUUUUAUGACUGGGUACUUUGUCUUUUGUUAAACAGUUGCAGUCUUUGUUGAAAAAUGAUUUUGGUGAAGUUGUGAAAAUAAAUUUCAGAGUGAUUUGCAGAGCUCUGGGGGAAAACGUCUGUGUCCGCUGGAAAAAAUGUGACCUUUUUAAAGCAAAUAGAGGCAUCAUUAGCAUUGAUUGUAUGUGUAGUGCAAUUAGAAGGCCAUGUGUAUUUGUUUAAUUCCUGAGAGUUGGAAGGAAUUUCUGUUGUUGUUAAAAAUAACCCUAUUGCUUAGUCACAGGCUGGUGUGUUUUAAUGAGCACAUGUUCUCCAGAUGAGGUCCUUGGGCUGAAAUUCAGUGCAGGCAAAACAUAUCACAACCCAUCACACUGGAUCAGUUGAAGGCUCCUUCCACUUACUGCCCAAUUCUACAGAUGAUUUUCUUGUAUUUCUUUCAACCACAGCUGACCAGAUAUCAUUUGAGUUUGUUAUGAAGUGUAAAGUUAGACUUUUUUCUGACUGUCCCUCCAGAAAAGAGGCCAGAGGACUCUUCAUAUUGCCCCAGGAAUAAAAUUUAGUAUGAUUUUCAUAAUAAAGACACAAAGCUGGGCAAAAUUAUGCAACAUGUUUAGGCAACAUGCGAGAAUCAUGAGAUGAGAACCAACUAAAUACUGAAUGCCAUUGCUUUGUUGAUAUGGUCAUUUUUCUUAAUGUUUCUAUAAUAACAACAGUAAUAAUAAUAAUAAUAAUAAUAAUAAUAAUAACAAUAAUGACAACAACAAUAAUCAUAAUAAUAUAUAGCUCUGUUUAUCAUUCUGAAUACAUCCAACAUUUUGUGAUUUGUUUUGCAUCUUCAUACUGAUUAGUUGAAACGUGAUGUAAACAAUAAAGUUGCAUCAUAACAAUAA